AAUUUCCAUUAGCCAGCUGUGUGUCGCCUGGCGAGUAGUGAUCGCGAACCAGUAGCGUGGUUCCUUGCCAAUUCAAAAUUCGUAACGAACGCAGUAUGUGUAUGACAAUGUCGUGACUGGAUCGGUUGUGUGGUGUGUGAAAUAGAUAAAUUAUUCCGCAUGAAAAAAUUACCGGGAGUUCAGGUUUCGUUAAAAAGAUGUUCAACUUCAUUGGAAUACUGUGAGCUAAUAUUUAUCGGGCAUCGAAUUAUCGCAGGCCGUCACCACAAUGACAACCAGGGAAUUAUACGUCAAGAACAGUAGAGUAUGGGUGCCGCACCAGGAAAAAGUUUGGGAAGGUGCAGUGCUUCUGGAGGAUUACAAGGCGGGCGCUUCGAAGCUACAAGUUAAAACAGAAGAUUCUAAUCAAACAAAAGUUCUUGAAAUAAAAUCCGACACUGAUCUACCACCGCUGAGAAACCCAGAUAUUCUUAUCGGAGAAAACAAUCUUACGUCUCUGUCGUUUCUGCAUGAACCAGCUGUUCUAUACAACUUACAAGUCAGAUUUCAAAGGCAUUGUAUCUACACCUAUUGCGGCAUCGUUCUCGUCGCUUUCAAUCCUUACAAUGAAUUGCCGAUAUAUGGGAAUGACACCAUUUGGGCCUACCGGGGUCAGGCCAUGGGUGAUCUUGAACCACACAUUUUUGCGGUCGCGGAGGAGGCCUACACCAAACUGGAGAGAGAAACGCACGAUCAAUCGAUCAUCGUAUCGGGAGAAUCCGGAGCCGGUAAAACAGUAUCUGCAAAAUAUGCAAUGCGUUAUUUUGCAACGGUGGGUGGUUCUUCGUCGACGGAAACUCAAGUUGAGAAAAAAGUACUGGCUUCGUCACCCAUUAUGGAAGCAAUCGGUAACGCGAAGACUACGAGAAAUGAUAAUUCGUCAAGAUUUGGAAAGUUCAUCGAAAUUCAGUUCAACAAAAAUUAUCACAUCACUGGGGCUAGCAUGAGGACGUAUCUGCUAGAGAAAUCGAGGGUUGUGUUUCAAGCGAACGAAGAAAGAAAUUACCACAUAUUUUACCAAAUGUGUGGAUCUCGGAAUCAGUUGCCCUAUUUGCACUUGGAAAAUCAAGACGAUUUCCAUUAUUUGAAUCAAGGAAAAAACCCGAAAAUUGAAGGAAUUAACGACGCUAAGUCCUUCGACGACACUAUUACAGCCCUAACAAUGUUGGGUUUUUCGUCCCGACAACAGGACGAUAUGCUACGAAUUUUAGCUGCCAUAUUGCACUUAGGAAAUUUAAAUUUCAUGAACUGUGAAGUGUCGCAAAAUGAUGACACAGAAGGGAGCACGAUUUCCCCUUCAGAUCGACACCUCCUUAUCAUUUCGGAGCUGUUGGGGAUUGAUGUGAGCGCAAUGCGGAAAUGGUUGUGCCAUAGAAAGAUUGUUUCGAUGCGAGAAGUUUUUUUAAAACCGAUGAACGUCGAGCAAGCAACCGGCGCUCGGGACGCCCUGGCAAAACAUAUCUACGCCGAAUUAUUUAACUGGAUUGUUGCUGGGAUCAAUAAUUCACUGCAGUCGCAGAACAAAACCCAGUGUUUCAUCGGGGUCUUGGAUAUUUACGGUUUUGAAACAUUUGAAAUCAACUCGUUCGAACAAUUCUGUAUUAAUUACGCUAAUGAGAAACUUCAACAACAAUUCAACCAACACGUAUUCAAACUCGAACAGGAAGAGUAUUUGAAAGAAGAGAUCGAGUGGACAUUCAUCGAUUUUUACGACAAUCAACCUUGCAUUGAUCUCAUUGAAACUAAAUUGGGGAUUCUGGAUCUCCUCGAUGAAGAAUGCAGGAUGCCAAAAGGUUCGGACAAUUCGUGGGCAGAGAAGUUGUACUCGAAAUGUGGAAAAUCCAAGCAUUUUGAUAAACCUAGAUUUGGUACCACCGCGUUUCUCAUCAAUCACUUCGCUGAUCGAGUCCAAUAUGAAACCGCAGGAUUUUUGGAAAAGAAUCGGGACACCGUAAUUGAGGAGCAGAUUGAUGUGCUCAGAGAUGGAAGCAAUAAAUUAUUAAAGAAGCUCUUCAGUGGCGAUGACCAAAAACUCGGGGUACCCAACGUCAAAGUCAAAAUAUCUGCCCAAAAACCAGCUCCCAGCUCAACGAAACAGAAUAAGAAAACGGUUGGCUCCCAAUUCCGGGAUUCGCUGAACAUGUUAAUGGCGACGUUGAAUGCGACAACACCGCACUACGUCCGUUGCAUAAAGCCAAAUGACACAAAGGAGUCCUUCGCCUACAAUCCUGAAAGAGCAGUUCAGCAGUUGAGAGCCUGUGGUGUGCUGGAAACAAUUCGAAUAUCAGCAGCUGGAUUCCCAACCCAGAGAACGUAUGGUGAUUUCUUUCAGAGGUAUCGUUGUCUCUGCAAGUUUAGGGAGAUUGAUAGAGACGAUCUCAAGAUUACCUGUCGGCGGAUAUUAUUCAAUUACAUAAAAGACGAGGACAAGUUCAAGUUUGGAAAGACCAAAGUACUGUUCAGAGCUGGGCAAGUGGCCUAUCUAGAAAAGCUUCGUGGCGACCGGCAGAAGGACGCCUGUGUCAUCAUACAAACAGCUGUACGUGGGUUCUUGUGUAGAAAACGCUAUCACAAAAUGCGGAAGUCGAUUUUGGGCAUACAAAGGUACUCCAGAGGGUAUCUUGCUAGGAAGAGAGCACAGGCUGUACGUCGAGAGAGAGCUUCGAUUAAGAUACAAGCUUGUGUCAGAGGCUGGGUGAAGAAGACACAGUACUUACGUCUGAAACGAACUGCUCUAGGCCUGCAGACUUAUGGCAGAGGGUUAUUGGCUCGUAAGAAAUAUCAGCUGAUGCGCGACAAUGUAGCAGCUAUUGUUGUUCAAAGGUUUGCCAGAGGGUAUCUCGCUCGAUUGUCCUACAAGAAAAAGUUGAACAAUAUUAUAAUAGUGCAGUCAUGUGUAAGAAGGUAUUUGGCUAAGAAGGAACUCAAGCGACUUAAGGCAGAAGCCAGGAGUGUGGAACACGUCAAAUCGCUCAACAAGGGACUCGAGAAUAAGAUUAUAUCCAUGCAACACAAGAUUAAUGAGCUAACGAAGGAAAUCAACCAUCUCAAGACGGCGCAGCAAGAAGUGUUGGAGUUGAAAUCCAAACUUGAAGGUUUGAAGGCCGUAGACGUAGAGAAUAAAAAAUUGAAUCUUCUUUUCCUUGAGAAAGAACGGGAAUUGGAGAAACUGCAGGAGAUUCUGACAUCUGAAAGGGAUGAGAAAAUGGAUUUACUGCAGGACAAAGAAAGAGAAAUGCGACAAAGUUACGAAGACAAUGAACGCCUCCGUGCAGAGAAUGAGGCAUUAAGAUCGGAGCUAUCAUUGGCAAAUGAGAAGUUGAAGACCAACCAACGUGGCGCCGAAGAAAUCCUGAAGCAUCGAUUGGAACAGGAGAAAGAUCUACUGCUUCUCGACCAAGACCAAGAUCGUGAUGCUUACCAAAAACUGCUCAAAGACUUCCACGAGCUGGAACAGCAUACCGAAAUGAUUGAACAGCAACUCGCAAAACAUGUUCCUGGGCACUCAAGGUCUCUCAGUGAUGCCUCUAACUCGAGUGGUCAAAUUGUUGCAACAGAUCUUCCGCAUGAUGAUCAAAAUACUGACUUUGGAUACGGAUCUGUGCGCUCGACGGCUUCUUCUGCGGCAACAUAUUCUCGGGUAGAAACAAUCGACUGGAAUCAACGCCCGUCAGAUAGUCCACCUGAUGGAGAACUGAAUUCCACCAAAUCAUCUUCUGGAUCUACAGACGUAACACAACCACCGAUCGACGUUGGUCUAGUUUUGAAGCUGCAGCAAAAACUAAAGGAUGUUGAAAAAGAAAAAGGCAGGCUAAUCAGGAUGCUAGAAGACUCUGAGAAAGAACCAUCUGAAGAUUCUUCCAGAACACAGGAUAGUUUCAGGCUUCAAGAACUGGAGAUGGAAAACGAAAAACUCAAGACAGACCUCGGCAUGCUUAGGAAAGCAGUUACUGAAACAGACUCUACAACUGCUUCACGAACUUUAAUGGAUCAAUUUGAAGUUCUACAAGAAGAAUUGGAACGUAGACGUGAAGAGUGCAUCCAAUUGCAUAGUGUGUUAGCUGAUCAGACGCGGAAGAUGAAGAGCCUUGGUUCUAACUACGGUCGCGAUGUCGAUAUUAUUAAUGAGGACGGGGAGUUGGUGUUGGCGUUUGAGGCACAGAAGAAGAUAAACAGACUUAAAAAGCGAAAAUCUUCCAGAGAACAACUGGAAGAUGAACUUCAAGCCACUGAGAAAUGCUGGAGAUCUCAGAGAGAUGAAUGGUGUGCCGAAAUUGAUAGACUGCAAGAUGAAAUCCAACUCCAACAAAAACUGCUUUCCGUGAAUCUCAGCAGGUCACCUCAAACGCAGACCGAAGCGUUCAUGCAACAUGAAAUCGCUAGAUUAACGUCAGAAAAUUUGGACUUGCAAGAAAAAUACGACCAGAUUUCAGAAGAGUGCAGGAGAUUCAAAAAGCAAUGCAAGAUUCUUGCUAAACGUCUUAAAGACGCUGGUUACGAGGGAGAUGAUUUUAAGGACAGUAAAGACAGUAGAGAUCGAUUUUACAUCUCUAAAGAUGCUGUACCUGAUAGUGCAGAAACGGGUAAUACUGCAACUACUGUUUCUGGACCGACAACCGAAAGUGGACGCAAUAUGCCAGUCGUUCGAAAGAAAGAGAGGGAUUAUGAAGGAAUGUUCGAAUUCAGAAAAGAAGAUAUUAAUGUUAUUAUUCGCCAUCUCGUUUUCGAAUUGAAGCCCCGUGUCGCUGUGACUCUACUACCGGGUCUACCAGCAUACAUUAUCUUCAUGUGCAUAAGACACACCGAUUUCGUUAAUGACGACGACAAGGUUCGGACUUUAUUAACGGGGUACCUAAAUGCAGUAAAACGAGUCAUCAAAAAACGAGACGACUUCGACUCUUCCGUACUCUGGCUCAGCAAUACGUUGAGACUUCUUCAUAACAUGAAACAGUAUUCCGGUGAUAAGCCUUUCCAGAUUGAGAAUACUCCGAGACAAAAUGAUCAAUGUCUGAGAAAUUUCGAUCUCUCUGAGUACAGAGUAGUUCUCAGUAACAUAGCACUGUGGAUAUUCACUAACAUUAUGACCCACUUGAAGGAACGUAUACAGGCACUGACAGUUCCUGCACUUUUGGAACAUGAAGCAAUUACUGGUCUCAGUUCGAACAUGCACGGAAGGGCACGAUCUUCAUCAGUUGGUGAACAGCCUGAGUCGACACAGCAGAAAUUAGAUAAACUCUUAUCCGAGUUGAACGCGGUUCACAAAACGUUGCAAUAUCAUGGUGUCGACCCUGAAAUAGUUGUCCAAAUUUUCAAGCAACUCUUCUAUUUCAUGUGUGCUGUUGCUCUCAACAGUCUUUUACUCAGAAAUGAACUUUGUCAAUGGACUAAAGGGAUGCAAAUAAGGUAUAACUUGAGUUUUAUUGAGCAAUGGGCAAAAGAUCAGCGCCUUUGGCCAGCAGCUGAAGCACUCCAACCAAUUAUUCAAGCAGCUCAACUCCUACAGGCUCGAAAGUCAGACGACGACGUUAACUCAGUCUGUGAAAUGUGCAAUAAUUUAACUGCAAAUCAAAUCGUGAAGAUUCUGAAUCUAUACACCCCAGCAGAUGAUUAUGAGACUAGAGUUCCAGUUUCUUUCAUCAAGAAGGUGCAGACUAAACUUGAAGAACGUGGGGAGAAGAAUGAUCAGCUUCUAAUGGAUCUCAAAUUCACGUAUGCCGUGAGAUUUCCAUUUAAGCCUUCGAACAUUCGGCUCGAAAUGAUCGAACUACCAGAGGUGUUGCAUUUGCCGAUGCUGAAGAAGGUCUAAAGAAGUAUACUAAUGAAUUAUGUUUAAGUAGAAUAAUUCACCUUAUUUAUUGAAAAGUCAUACCAAUGUGAUGAUAGCAGCCCUUAAUCAGGCAAUAAUGAAAAGAUCGUGUCCAGGCCUAUAGCACUAACAAUUUUUCUCAUGUUUUAUAUGAUUUGUUUUUUUACUGAAAGCAACUGAAAUGUCUCAUAACUUUAACCAACGUUGUAGAUUUUGUUCAUUACAUUGCAUAAUAUGGUAGCCUAGCUAUAGACCAGUUAAAAAUUAACAAAGCUUGUCUCGAAGUAUUCAACUAGGGCUUUGUGAGCAGCUGCGUAUGAAUAGCUCAUCUUACUCUGUUAUGUAAAAAGAUAGAAAUUUACCGGUCCUGUUGAUGAUAUAAAUUUGAAUAAUGUAAUAUACGUUUUGUUGUAAUUUUUAUCGUUGUCUCAAUUUUAAAGAGAUGCAUAUAGCUUAAAACAAUAUUAAUGUAUUGUUUAUGUACAGACGCACGGGUUAUGCAAAGAAAACCAUUAUGUAUGAUUAUGUAAAAAGAAAAGGUAAUUCAUAGACGUAUCUGAUCUAUAUAUAAUGUUGGAACCUGGCUAAACUGUAUAUUUUGUGAUAUGAAGGCGAGUCUUGUGGACUGAGGCCUUUGGGGCCAGUGAAAUGGUAAAUAAUUAUGUUAUUAUUUGAAUUGAAAUAAUAAAUUCAUGUUUAUUUAUUUACAUACAAAAAAUUUAGUGCCAUUUUACACGUAAUGCAAGAAACUCGAAAUUGGGUUUGCAAUGCAAGCUGAGUAUUUUCAAUGUGUUAGAAAGGAAGAUAUCUCGAUGACACAUUCCAUGGUUGGUAAGGGACUCGUAGUCCCUUGAAAACUUAUUAUGUACCUAGGUAAUAGUUUAUUUUGUUGUAAAUCCAAUAAACAGUGCACUGUUUGAAAAUAAUUCACAAUUUAUCCGCCGAUCAAUCAUAACUAAUUGUGUGCGCAUCGAAAGCACAAUUGCAAUCUUGGCAAGUGGGUCAAUAAAAGUAUGCUAGUCUGACAAAACGUCUAGAUUACAUGUGACGAUAUGAA